AUGGCUACUAUCGAAAAAAAUAAAAACGUCGAAAGUGAAAUAAGUGUUUUUUAUAAAAAUGAAAAGAAAAAUAAAUCAACGAAAGUAAGAGAGCAUAGUUCUAUUGUGAAUGAUGAAAAAAAGGAAGUUGAGUUUAAUAGUUUAAAUGAAAAUAUUAAGGAGCAAGGUUAUGGAAAUGUAUUUAAUAUGAACAGUCAAGUGAGUGGUGUUGUUAAUAUAUCUGAUGAAGUCGACAAGAUAGGCAAAGUGUCUAAAGCGGGAAAGAAUAUAAAAGCAGGGAAAUCCUCAAAAGGUGGAAAAAAUGAUGAAAACAAAAAUAGCAACAGUAAUAAUAAUAAUAAUAAUAAUAUUAAUAAUAUGAAUGAUGGUGAUGAUAAAGAUUGUGCGAAUUAUGUACAUAAUAUGAAUGACAGGAAUAAUUUAAAUUAUAUAAAUGAACCAUGUGAUAAUAAAAAAAAUACAGAAGGAUAUGAUGAAAAUAUUUUAAACGAUGAAGGUAAUUUAAGUGAUGAAGGAGAAGAAGUAGAAGAAGAAAAUGUAGAUGAAAGAGAUUUAAUUCUUCAAAGAUAUAAACAUGGUAUUAAUAUAAGUCUUAAUUUUAGUGAUAUAAGACAAAGGAAUAAAAUUAUCGAUUUCUAUUCUGAAUGUUUAGAUAAAUAUAAAAAUGAAUGUAAUUUUGUUUAUUAUCAAAAUUAUAAUAAUACUAAUAAUGUUAUCAUUAAUGAUACUAUAGAUAUGAGUCCAAUAAAUACAAAAUAUUUUAUGAACGAACAAUUAGAUCCUAUUAAUAAUCUAUCCAAUUCUAAUGAUAAAUGUGUUAAUUCAAAAAAUAAAAAUUUAAUAAAAUAUGCAAAUAAUAAUAUGACAAUUAUAAAUAAUAAUGGAAAUACAAAUGAAAAUAUGAACACUAAUAUUAAUGCAAACAUAAAUACAAAUAUAAAUAUGAACACAAAUAUAAAUAUGAACAGAAAUAUAAAUAAUAAUAAUAAUAAUAAUAAUAAUAAUAAUAAUAAUAAUAAUAAUAACAAUAAUAAUAACAAUAAUAAUAACAAUAAUAAUAACAACAAUAAUGGUAUUGGUGAUAAUAAUAAUAAUAUCAAUAAUGUGAAUAUUUCUAACAAUGCUUAUCCUAAUGAUCCUUUUAAUAAUGCAAAUAAUUCACUCCCAUAUGUGGACGAUUUUAAAAAUUUUGAUUUACAAAAAAAAAAACAAGAAUCUCUAGACCCCUUAUUAAAAUGUAUUAAUUCGUUAUCAGAUCGAAUUAAUCUUCAACAUUUAGUAGGAGAUCCAACCACUUAUUUUAAAAUAGGAGGAGGAGAUAUGUUUUAUGAUAUUAAUGAUCCUUUUUUAGAUGAUGAAGAAAUGUACAAUGAAUUAAAUAAAACAAAGAAUGAAAUUAUAUUAACAAGACAAAUAGAAGAUGAAUAUAGUGUUUGGAGUGGAGAUAUGUCAGAUGAUUACAUAGAUAUUAAUCCUGAUUAUUUUAUAUCCUUUUAUAGUUCAAAAUGUAAAUAUGUUUUUACAAGUGAUGAUGAGGAAAAAUUAGAAAAAAAACAAACACAAAUACAAAAGCAAAAACAAAAUAUUAAUGACAAAUGUGCAGUACCUUCAAGAGGAACUUGUGAUGAUGAUAUCAUUAAUAUUGAUGAUGACGACAACAACAACAACAACAACAACAACAACAACAACAACAACAACAACAACAACAACAACAACAACAACAAUAAUAAUAAUAAUAAUAAUAAUAAAAAUAAUUCGUAUGCCAAUACAAAGAAUAAGAAAUAUUAUGAUAAUUAUAAUAAUCCUAAUGAUGAUAUUAUAAGUUCCUCAUCAUAUUCUGGAUACGAUUCGACAGACGAUGGUACACUUAAUAAAUAUAACUUUAAAGGAAAUUUUGAGAAAUAUAAAUACGAUUUUAUUAUUUAUUCAAGUGAUGGUGAUUUAGAUUCUUGUUCAUCUUCUUCAUCAGAGGACGAACAUUCAGAUGAAUCAGAUGUAUCCGAAGAAGAAAUCAUAUUUAAUCCUUUUGCUUGGAAAAAGUUUGAAAAACAUAUUCCUUGUGAAUUCAUUGAAUUAUUUGAAAAAAUGGAAAAACAGCUAGAUAUGUUACCCCUUGAAGCAGAUAUAUCAGAAAUAAAACAUAUCAUAAAAAAAUAUAUAUAUAAUAUAUUUUCACAAGUUGUAAAUAAAUGUAAAAAUGUAAUACAUCAUUUUAAUAAACCUUUAAAUGAUUUUCUAGAAAUAGACAUUAAAUUAUUAAGAUGGUUAACAACUAUAAUGAUUAAAACAUCUAACUCUUUAAACGAUAUAGAUAUAUGUAGAAUGUGGUUUGAACAAGUAUUUUCAUAUAAUACACGUGUAUAUAUAGAAUAUGAAAAGGAGUUUAUUGCAAGGAUAAAAACAUCCAAAAUAUUUGAGAAGAAUAAUAAACAGCAUAUGAAUGAUUUGUUGAAUAAUAUUACCUUAUGGAGAAAAUAUCAAGAGGACAAAGAAAAAGAAAGUUUAUCCAAGGACAUGUCUGAAAUUAAUAAUAUACCUGACUCAAACAAUAAUACUACAACAAGCAAUAACAAUAACAACAACAAUAAUAAUAAUAAUAAAAUCGUAAAGAAGAAUAAAAAUAACAAUAAUAAUAAUCAUGAAUCCAAUGAGGAAAAUCAAAAUAGUUUUAUAAAGGAUGAAGACAAUUAUGAUAAUAAUAAUAAUAAAAAUAAUACAGAAACAAAUUCUCACACAUAUAAUAAUAACUAUAGUGGUAAUAGUAUAAUAAAGAAUAACAAUGGAAAUGUUACAAACUUAGAAAAUAAAUCUAAUCAUUCGAAUGGGAUAAUGAAUAUUGUGAAAAAAGGAGAUAAUUCAGGUGAACAAUCUAAAUCCAAAUUUAUGAACAUAAAAAAAGAAUCUGACAAUAAUGAUAACACAUCAUUGUAUUUAUCUAAUCAUAGUACUAUGGCACAGAUGGAUAAUGAUAAGUUUGUAUCUGAUGAAGGCACUGCAGCGAAUAACAUAAAUGUAGCAAACAACAACAAUAAUAAUCAUAACAAUAAUAAUAACAAUAAUAAUAAUAAUUAUAGUCAGAAGGAUAGUCAUACAAAUAAAUAUUGUAAUGAUCUAAGUGGUGAUAUGGCCGAUUAUCAAUAUGAUGAUUCUAAUAAGAAUAAAAAUAAAAUAGAAGAUAAAAGAAAGGAUAACAAAUCAAAUAAUAAUCAACAUAAUAAUUUGAUAAUUCGUAAUGAAUAUAAUAAAAUGGAUGACAAUAAAAAUAAUAGUAGCAAAGAUGAAGAAGAUACAAAUAAUGAGGAUGAUACACUUGAACCUGAUAAUUCAAUACAUGAUAAUAAUAAUAAUAAUAAUAACAAUAAUAAUAAUAUUAAUAAUAAUAUCAAUAAUAAUAAUAAUAAUAAUGAAUAUAAUAUAGAACUUGAGAAAUAUUUUGAUAUUCUUUCAGAUAUUUCUUUGGAUAUAUUAAAUUAUAUUAAAAUGUAUACUAAACAAAAAAGUUUAUUGAAAGAAAUGAUAUCAGCUGGUUUUGAAGCACUUGUCGAAAAACAAUAUAAAUUUUUUAUGAAAUUACCAUAUAUUACUGUAUCAGAAAUGUUAACGAAUUUAUUUAAUUUUAGAUAUAAAAGAAAUAUUACAAUAGCUUAUGACUAUGUGGAAAGUUUAAUAGGUUUUUAUCAAGACAAAUAUAAAAUUGAUAUAUCAUAUGAAAGAGGAAAAAAUAAAAAGGUUUUCUUAUUCGAUACAACCGUUAUGCAGAAAUUAAAUAAUUUAUAUUAUAAAAAUAAAUAUAAUCCAGUAAAGGAUAAAAAUGUAUCAAAUAAUGUUUCAAAAGAUGAAAAUAAAGGAAAAAAUAAUAAUGUAACUAAUAAUAAACCCAAUAUUGAUGAAAGAAAUAAUAUUAAUAGGAAAAAAUAUAUUCAUAAUUUCAAAAAUGAUAUAGAAGGAACAACAGAUAUUCAAAGCAAUAAAAAUUAUCUUACAACAAAUAAAAAACAUGGCCUUAUAAAAAAUAAUGAUGUAACGAAUAAAAAAAAAUUAAAUGAUAAUUAUAAAAGUAAUUCAAUUAGCCACCAUAUGGAGGGUAACCAACAUAAUCAAUAUAGAAAUAAUAAUAAAAUGGAUAAAACGAAAUGUGUAAACGGAAAUGAAAUUAUUAUUUGUUCAGAUGAUGAAAGUUAUGAAUAUGAUGAUGAAGAAGGAGCAGAUUAUGAUGAUGAUGGUGAUGAUGAUGGUGACGAUGAUGGUGACGACGAUGAUGAUGAUGACGACGAUAAUGAUGACGAUGAUGAUAAUAAUAAUGACGAUGAGGAUAAUUACUAUGAUGAUAACAAUUUUGAAGAAAUACAAAGAACAAAACAAAAAAAAAAACAUAAUCACGAAAAAAGUCGCAAUUUUAAUCAUAACAUUGGAAAUAAUAGUAACGUGACUACUGAUAUUACUAAUUUUUUUGAUAACCUAUCAAAAGACGAAAAAAAAAUAUAUAAUCAUCAUAAUUAUAAUAGUACUGCUAGUAGUAUUAUUAGUAGUAAUGCAACUACAAAAUAUAAUAUGAAAAAUAUUAGUAAUUCAGUUAUUUCGCAAUAUAUUUAUCAUAAUACAAAUUCUGCGGACAUUGUAAAAAGUAUUCAUACAAGUAACAACAUAUAUCAUAAUAAAUAUAAAAAAAAAAAUAAAUACGAUGAUGAUCAGAAUUUUAUCGUAUCAGAUGACAAACCUCAUAUUAAUUCAAGUUAUAAUUUAAAUGAACAAAAUAAUUUAUUUAAAAAGAGAAAAUUAAAAAAUGAGUGUCUACCAAAUAUAUAUAACAAAAAUAAUAAAUAUCUUGAAAAGAAUAAAACAAAAUCUAUGGAUUCAAAUAAUAAGAUACAAAAGACGCAUAAUUUUAUAUGUAUUAUAUCAUCGGAAGAGGAAAAUGGUUGUUAA